UGUUUACUGUCAUUUUCUGUUAUUUUCUGUUGUUUUACUGAAUUUCUGUCUCUUUCAUGUAAAAGGUUUGAGGUGAUUAUCACAAUAUGGAAAUGUAAUCUCACACUGAAGCUCUGAGAUGUUUAUGUGGUUCCUCGUCUGUUCUCCGGCUAACACGAUGCAAUAAAACCAUGCCUUAAUGCUUCCGCACUUAUACACACACACACACACACACACACACAGUGUGUUCUUUAUUCACUGUACCUGCACCCUCACACUCCUCCUCACCUCCAUCUGUGUGUUACUGCCACCUUCUGGCCAUAUAAUAAUAAUAAUAAUAAUAAUAAUAAUAAUAAUAAAAAUAAAUUGAUUAAUUAAUUAAAGUGUAUUAAGGCCAAAAUAAAUUAACAUAAUAUAUUUUUUGGGUGCUUAAUAUAAACCACAUUUUUAGCUAAAUAAUUAAAUGUUAUAUUUGUAAAUGUUUAAUUUAGAUUAGGAUUGUGUAUAAUCAUGUUUUAUUUAAAUGAACAUUUCAUUGUGGCCAUUUUUUUUAAUUAUGUAUGAACAUUUAGCGCUGUGAUCAAAUUCUAUGAAACUUUUACACGUAAUUAAAAAGUUCUGGGUCAUUUUAAGCGUAAUAUAACAUGAUUAUAUAAUAAACGAGUGUAACUUUAAAAAGCAUAAUGUACAAGCUACAAGAUUAAAUUAAAUGUUGUCCGUUGGUUUCAUCUGCAUUCUGACAAACACCAGUUAAUGUGUAGUUAAUGUGUAUGUUCUUCCCCCUGCACAGAGAGGUGCAUUAUGGGAUGUCGUUAUCAACACACACUGAUUAUUAACAGAACUGAACGGAGCUCCACGCGCAGGCCGGACGGAGAGGGCCGUUAGAAAAAAGGCGGCGAAGUCGUUAUUCCCACAUGUUCUCUGAAUCAGAGGCGUCGAGGGCCAGAUGGUGGAGUGUAACAGGACAUAAAAGGGGCGAGCGCCGCCUCCCGCAGUGGGCGUGUCCGCUCUACAUCCCCCGGGGAACGGGGUGUUUUUACUUGGACCUCCAUUUUCCCCCAAGAGAGACUGAACUUAUUAUUCACCGUUUGGUUCGGCCCCAAACCACACGCCUUUAAACGGUCCUAAUGAUGCUUUGACCUAAAUCAUCCUGAAGCCGAGUGCGUGUGAGAAUCAUACAAGUGUGUGAACCUUAGCAACAAGUCCAAAAAAGCACCUUGCGUAAGUAUUCACCCCCCUGAAUGUUUUCACGUUGUGUAGCAUUCAAUUAUUACACUGGGUUUAAAUGGGAUUUUAUGUCAUGAAUCUACACAAAAUAACCCAAAAUACUGAUGUGAGGAAAUCGAUAUAGUUUACAAAACUAUUUACAAAUAAAUCUUACAAGUUAUGAGUGCAUAAGUGUUCACCCCCUAAAUUAACUCCAGGUCCAGUUUCCAUCAGAAGUGUCAUAAUUAGUUGAACAGAGUCGACCUGUGUGUAAUUAAAGUGUCACGUGAUAAACACGUAUAAAUACACCUGUUCCUGGAGGAACCCAGAGUUUGUUAGAGAACCUAAACACACAGCAUCAUGAAGAACACGGAGCGAUCCAAACAAAGUUUUGGAGAAAUCCAGGACAAAGAUUUGGUUAUAGAAAGAAAUAUUUCAAACUUUGAACGUUCUACAGUGCAACAAUAUUAAAUCCAUUAUUAAAAAAUGGAAAGAAUACGAUACUGCAACCGAGAGGCAAAGGAUAACGCUGUAAGGAAGGAACUGGAGAGAAACCCGGCUCAGAAAACACUGCUGAUCACUGUGAAGCAUGGUGGUGGUAGCAUCCUGCCGAGACUUACCCUUAUAUAAACCUAUAUAUUUUUUUGAUGCUCUAAAAACAUCAUCUCUACAUAAUAUACCCUCAUUACAUGAAUAUGCAAAUACAGAAACGCCCCCAUGUCCUAACAUGUCCUAACUGACUGUGGUCUGUCUAUUGUGCUGCACAAAGUAUUGGCGCCCUCUCAAACCCGUCCAUCAUUGGAAAAGUAUCAGCUACAGCAGUGUAGUUUAGAUUUUAAACACCGUGUACUCUGUUAUGAACAGAAUUAAUCGCCCGUUACAGCGCAGUAUUGAUCUCUGAAUAUGAAAGUGUCCCUGCAGUCUGUCUGGCUUUACUGAACUUCUGCCAUAAAUGAGAUGUUUCCAAAGCAGCACCUGCCAUUUACACACUCCCUACACUGACUAACACACACACACACACUCUCUCUCUCUCUCUAUUGUACACCUGCCUCCCACUUCCUUGUUCCCCCCCUGCAGGCACGAGGUCACUCCCUCUUUCACGCUCAUUAGCCUCAGAUCAAUGCGCCCUAUUGUCUGCUUGAGUUUCCCACGUUCUGCUCGCGCGCCUGGCACUCGCGCAGCUCAAAUCAAACACAGGCAGCUGAGCUCGGGUUUAUUUCCUAGCCGGCUCGAUCCUGACGGGACAUCUGCCUCACUUGCAUCUGCUCGCUGUUUCAUUGUGGAAGAAUGAAGGAGGAAAGUUGACCACAGAGCAGCUAAAGCUGUGGUCUCCAACAGUCCUCCUGAUUAGAACGGCUGCGUCCCAAAUCAGAAUGAUGUACCGCAUGCUGCAUGCGACAUGCGACAUGCUUAUCCUCCUGCAGCACGAAUCAGCGUUUAGAUUGUGACAGUAUAUCGUUAUACCAAUAUAUCAUCCAAUUCCUACAUAUUUUCAAAAAAUGAUUGUUCUUCAUACUGUAUGUUCUGAACCUAAAGUCUGGUAACCGUGUAGUAACAUGUUCUCCAUUUUCUUCCCACUUGCUAGCUAGCUAAUUCUCCAUUGUCUCACCACAGCUACGAAUCUGAAAGGUCGAAGGCCAACGAAUGCUUCCUCACUGCUGCUUAUCUAACCUCAAAGCAUCCUUGUUCCGUAUACAUGAGCAAACAGACCUUCUGAUUGGCUAGAGUCGUUCUGAUUGACAGGAGAGAGGAAGGUCGUCCCGCCCACCCAGACAUCAGGAUUUGCUCAGACUUCCAGCCACAAACGUCCGUUGGAAUUCACACCAAUUUACCAUUUUCGUUUUCACUUUGUGACAGCCUCAGAAGCCACGCCCAUUUCUUCCAGAAGAAUUAUAGGACUGAAGAGUGUCCAGGCAUCGCACUCUUCAGAAUUUUAAUAUUUUACUAUUUAAUGAAUACGGCUAUUUUUACAAUUUUAGAAUCUAAUAACAUGUAAAAGCUCAUUACUGAUUCACUCUAUAAUAUUUAUAUCUCCACAUGACCGUGAGACACAGUGCUUUAUAGUGUGUAGUUUAUGGCCUGGUUUUGGUUUCGGUAGGAUCAGCAGAUAAAGAAGCCGAGAAAGCAGGAUGUGUGUGUGUGUGUGUGUGUGUGUGUGGGAUCGUACACUCUCUCAUUCAUUCCGGGGAAAGUUGCCACAAAGCAGACAAGUGAAUAUGGAGUUUCUCUCAAGGGUGACGGGGGGAACUGCUCACGGGGCGGACAUCUGUCACAUGUUUUUAAGUGUGUGUGUGUGUGUGUGUGAGAGAGAGAGAGAGAGAGAGGGAUGAUCUUGUUGACACUUGACACUUGUUGCAUAUUGAUUUCAGUUCUGAUUCUAUGAAUGUGAAGGAGAGAGAGAGGGAAAGAGGAAAAAUAGGAAUAUAAAGAGAAAAGGAGUGAGAAAGCAAGAGUAAAAAAGGAAAAGAAGAGAGUGAGAAAUAAACCAGAUAAAGGUAGAAAGGAGAAUGAAAAGGAGAAUGAGUGAGGAAGACAAACAUGGAGGAAAAGAGGGGAAGAAGGGAGAGACAUCAAUAGAUGUUAGAAAUAAACAAGAAAAAGAGUGAGACAGAGAAGACAGUCAAUGAAGAAUGAGAUAAAAUAUGAGAUAAACUUUGAGAGAGACAGAAGGUAGAAAUAAAGAGAUUUUUUAAAAAAAAGGGAGAGAGUGAGAGUAAAAUAAACAGAAAGUAGGAGAGAGAGUAAGGAGUAAUGAAGGAUGAGAGGGACAGAAAAUUUGAGAGAGAGAGAGAACUGAGGAGUAAAGAAAAAAGAGCGAGAAUGAUAAUGAAAAGGCAGGAAAAGAGAGAGGAAAAAGAUAAAAGGAGGUGUGUAUGAGAGAGAAAGACAGACAGAGAGAAAGUGAGAACGCUAUUAUUGUUAUUAUGCUCUGUGUGUGUGUGUGUGUGUGUGUGUGUUUGCUCUCUCCUUCCUCCAUUCACAUGCUAAUCAGUGCUGUAUAAAUGCAGUCGCACUCGGAGCACCACACACUCCUCGUCAACACACACACUUCUCUACAACACACACACUCACACUCACGCUCACACACUCACACACACGUCCACAAGUUUCACCCAGAAAUAAAGUAAAGUUUGAGAGUCAUGACGGCGGUGAGUGCGACCCCGAGCGCAGACAGACAGAACAACAGCAGGGACGAGAGGAAGCUGAGGAAGCCUCUGAUCGAGAGGAAGAGGAGAGAGAGGAUUAAUCACUGCCUGGAGCAGCUCAGAGAGACGGUGGUGGGAGUCUUCGGGCUCGACCAGUCGAAGUUGGAGAAGGCUGAUAUUCUAGAGAUGACAGUUAAACACCUACAGAACAUCCAGAGUAAUAAAGUUACAGAGCCGAUUAUGGACCCGGAGGCGCAGCAGCGGUACAGCACCGGCUACAUCCAGUGCAUGCAUGAAGUCCACAACCUGCUGCUGUCCUGCGACUGGAUGGACAAAACACUCGGCGCUCGUCUCCUCAGCCAUCUGCUCCGCUCGCUGCCCAAAUCCGCUCCGUCCAAACCCUCACUCACUAACUCCGAGCCGGGAACUCUCCGAACCAGCGAGGCGGAUGACUCUUCAUCACCGCCCGGGGUGGCCCCGCCCACUCAAACUAAUGACCCCGCCCUAUUGACUCAGCCGCCUCCCACCAAGAGCCCGCAUUUGACAGCUCUGGAAAUGUGGAGGCCUUGGUAGAACACUGUGUGUGUGUGUGUGUGUGUGUGUGUGUGUGUGUGUCGUAGACCCUCCUCUGCUAUGUAUCUUAUAGAUAUACCUGUUGGUGAGCGUGCGGUCCAGAUUAGAGCCUCUUUCCUGAACCUCGUUACUUCCUGUCUGAAGUAAACUUCCUGUAGCCUGCAUUGUAGAAGGCAGUUAAUGCUCCUGUGUUUAUUUAUUUGAUUAACACAGUAAUUUAUUGGAUUAAAUAAUAUCCAGAGCUAGCUGUGUGUUUGCUGGCUGACUAAUACUGUAGAGCCUGUGACCUCUGUGCUGCAUGUAAUAACCGUAUUAACCUGUUAUUAAUAAAUAAACAAUCAAAUA